GAUUAGUAAUAUGUAAGUAAUUAUGUAAGUUUAUGAACUAUACAUAAAUAAAUGAUUACUUAAUGCAAUUACAUAAGGAAACUUUAUGACGUAAGUCGCAGGCCUCGGAUAGCGAUACAAUUUAUCCAUCGCACGGUGCCCUGCCUAAUAUUUAACAUUCCUACAAUCAUCAAAGCAACUCACAAUAAAUAAUAACAACUUCAAUUUUAACACCCAAAAAUAAUAUAAAGGCCAAAUAUUUCGCACACCUGGCCAAGCAUACAAUUUCAUAUACCUUAUGAAGGUCUUCAUGAUUUUAACAGAGAAGCUUCUUGACAUGGGUUGAACUGAUCUGUCCGUACUUGGAACCGAGCCGAUCAAGAUCCACCGGAUUUCGGUAUCCGACUGGAAUAUUUCAUCAUGGCUUCACAUUACCCCCUGAAUGGCAUGGAUUUAAACUGGAGUCGCUACGAACACAGACCUCUCGGCGCCCGCGACAUUUUAAUCAACCUGUUGAUGGAAGAAUAUAUGUUUCCGAAACGUUUAAAGGCAGAAGUCUUCAACAAGCCAUGCGAACGAGGCUCCCCUUUCUCUAAAAUUAAAAGUCGGGACCGGGACUUUGGUCUUUAUAUGCAGAUUCUAUAUCGACUAUUGAAAACUGAUUAUAACUGGACUCUCGACGAACUAUUUACUGCACAUGGUGGUGUUUUUAUUAUGGUUCAUAGGAUUAGAGAGCACGACGUCAGUAUUCAAGAUGUCCUCAUAGGGCUUAUUGAAAGGCACUACCUAGAAUCUAACCCUUCCAUGCGAAUAUGGAUAAAACAUCAUCGCUCGUUUUGCUCAAAACCAGACAAGUAUGGCCCGGGUUGGGAUAAGGCCAAAGUCUCACGCCUGAGGAAGUUGGAUCAAGCCGCCAAAACACACUAUAGCCAUUUGGUCUGUUCCGGCGGUCACCACCUGCCAAUCAAUAGUUCCUCCGACGUUCAAUACUCCAUCGACCCCUGCUUUAUCGGUCUCCGACUGAUUGACUUAAUUAGACAUGCAAAAGGAUUCAAUUCGACAUACACCGCAAGAGCCACAAGAAAGACCGCGAAGACAGAACCCCCCACCCUCGGAAGUGUACGCCGAGGUAAACAAAAAAGGUCAUGUAGUGCGCCCACACGUGGUCAAUGGAGUAUUGCGGCUAUUGAAGGAGAACUCGAUGAGAUGGACACUCGGGAGAGGUGGCUCAUUUACUUCCCCCGUCGUCCAUGGUCUGAAUUGGACAAGCUGUCGCGAAGGAGGAGUCUAAGUCGAACACAUAUUCGAGCAAUGUUUUCGGAUAAGCCGAAGUGGGUUGUUAAAGAACCUCCGAAAAGCAAGGUUCAGGGAGAAAUCAAGCACCCAUGUGCGAAUUGUGCACAGCGCACCCACCUCACGAAGAAUUGUCCAUCGAGCUGUGGCUAUUGUGGCGCAGCGUCCCACAAGGCAAGUAAUUGCACAAUCAAGACCACCAACCGAUGCAAAUGUCGACCUUUUCCCCAAGGUCACACCUCGGGUGAAUGUUACGUCCGCUGCAAUCGAAGAUGCGGACAUCCCCAACCACCCGGUCAUUUCAAACACAAGAACGCCAUGCUCUGCUCUUAUCGCUGCUGCAUGUGUGGCGCGAAAGGCCAUUCAGGGAGAAAGUGUUCUGUCAAGAAAUGCCCCUGUGGAGAACGACAUCUCACCCAGGAUUGUCGAUGGAAAGUAGAAUGUCCUGCCAAAGGUUGCAGUUUCUAUUACUGUCAUUUUCAUUGCAGGGAGUGUGGAAAAAAGAAGGAUAAGGGAUCGAAAGACAAAUUUGUUGGAAGAACGUGUCAGGAUUGCUUGAAGAAUGGCGAGCCUGUGUUUCCCAGGAAUGAGUGAUGACAGGGUUUACGGAACUUGGAGAUAGGAUGAUACCCAAAACAAUUAGAAUAUCAAUACAAUUCAUUCGCAAUAACCGGAACUGCAAGACUAUUUGGAUACCCACGAAUAAAUGGUCGUGAGGCGCUAACGCGGACUACCUUCUGAUCUUAAUUCUACGGAGGCUAUGUAACGGACCGAGCCGAACCGGGUCCGGUUUAGUGGGACUGACGCCGAGGACUCAUGACGACGAUUCGACGUCAUUGAGGAGCAAAGUUUCCAAUUGUAG